AUGUCUCAAACACCCUUGCCAAGAAGACCUCCAUUCAAGGAAUGCUAUAUCUGUGGAAGAGAAUUUGGGUCACAAUCUAUUGCUAUACAUGAACCUAAGUGCCUAGAGAAGUGGUGUAUCGAAAACAAUCAGCGACCAAAGCACCUUAAAAGGCCAGAGCCCAGGAAACCUGAGAUCCUUGCUGGUUCUGGUUCCUAUACACUUACAGAUGAAAAUGAAGCAGCUGAUUAUAGUGCUCAAGCCCAGCUGGUGCCAUGUAGAAACUGUGGCCAAACUUUUUUUCCUGACUGUCUCCCCAUGCAUGAAAGGUGUUGCAAAGGAAGUGGCCCCAGUGCUAGUAAAUCUGGGAAUAGCUCAUCUCUUACUGGUAUUCUGCAGUCAGAAGCAAAAGUGAUAAGACGGCCACCAACAGUGAUUUGCUACAUAUGUGGCCGUGAGUAUGGAACAAAAUCUAUUAGUAUACAUGAGCCACAAUGCCUGAAAAAAUGGCGUCGGGAGAAUGACAACCUCCCCAAGCACUUGAGAAGGCCAGAACCCAAAAAACCUGAAGUCAGAACUGUGCAAGCCAAAGGUUUCUAUGAUCUUGAUGCUUUAAAUAAGGCUGCCUGGACCAGUGCCCAAGCCCAGCUAGUUCCAUGUGAUAUUUGUGGGCGUACUUUUCUUCCAGACAGACUGAUUGUCCACCAGAGGUCCUGUAAACCAAAACGUGCAAAGUGAAGUGGAUGUAGCACACAUGCAUACAAAUGCUUGUCUGCUCACACAUACAUAGACACACACACAUUUAUCCUAAGCUAAAUAAAGUGUUCGUGUGUGUGUUUGUGUGUGUGUGCAUAAAUAGACACACAUGUAUCCAUGCCUUUCAGACAAACAAUGAGAGAAAUAAAAUUCAUCU